CCUAACUAUCCUCUUCUAGCGUUUCUCCAUUUACGGAGCUUGGCAAAGAUCAGCGUUCCUAACCUUUAUGCAAGAUUGUGGUCCACUUGGACAUACUUUUGAUAACUUUAAAAACUGAUUCUUCCCGGCCAAAAAAUAUGGCAGGUGGUAAAAACUCUCAGGGAGGAUUCCAACCGGAUUCUGAUGUCCACAUUACUUACGAGGAUCAGCAAAAGAUUAACAAAUUCGCCAGGCACAACGCAAAGCUAGAAGAUUACAAAGAUGAAUUAAAAUCGAAGCAGAAUGACAUAAAAAAUCUUGAAGAUGCCUGCGAUGAACUCUCCCUCUUUGAUGACGAUGUGAAAAUUCCGUACCUCAUCGGAGAAGUAUUUGUAGAUCAGGAUUUUGAAAAAACCCAGAAAUCAUUGGAGGAAGCAAAAGCAAAGAAGCAAGCAGAAAUUGCAGAGCUGGAAAGUAAAUCCUCAGAACUCAAGGUAGUAAUGAGCGAUUUGAAAGCACAACUCUACGCUAAGUUUGGCACACACAUCAACUUGGAAGCGGAAGACGAAUAGUUUGUAAAAUGCAAUUAUAAUUAAGGUCUAAUUUUUAGUUAUUCAAGCAGUUCAAGAUAUGGUUUCAAUUAUUUUCAUACGUACUGCUUAUUCAUAACCCUCACCGUUAUCAUUGUUCUCAGUACUCAUCAAUUUUUACAACUUCAAAAAUAAAAAAAUUUCACUGCUGCAUAAACAAUUGUCAGAGUGAAGGAAAUUAGGUAAUAUCAAAAUGUAGUUUUUCAGUAAUUAGCUCUGUACUGAAAUAUAUUAAUUGAACACUAUUUCUGGCAUAUAAAUAUAUAAGUUAAUUGUAUUCAUAAGGUAAAGAUACGUAAUCUUUAUUAAAUUCCAUUUGUUUCAGAAGUAUUAGUUUGGCUAUUUAUUUGAUAUUGAUUAUUCUUUGAUAGAAGCUUGUAUCUAUACGAACAACACAAUAAACAUCUGCUUACACUAUCAACUAGCAGUAACUAUAGCAAUGCCAUAAUAAUAAAAUCAAAGUCUUUCUCGAGUACACCAAGUAGUCACAUGGUAGACGUACCAUGGCAAGUCGGUGAAAGUAUCCGUUACUCUAGUGUAUUAGAUAUGGAUCACAAACUAUUGCCAGAAUUGAAAUAUUUGAACAAAUUUACCUAAGAAUCGCUGAUUGACAUGAACAGUUUUUCAUAUGGUUGCUGAACUAUAGAUUCGAUGUCAAGAAUAAAAUUUCAAAUAUGAUAGCCUGUGAAAAAAUUUUCUGAUAAGCCCAGAUAUAACUAGAUAUGAAAUGUCCAUAUCAGGCCUGAUAUGAAAAUUAGGCAGAUCUGAACAUAUACGGACAGAUCAAACUACAUCAGUUUAUAUAUAGCCUGUUAUAAAAAUUGGCCAGAUCUGGUCUUACAUGGACCGAUUAGAUUAUAUAUGGUUAUAUCUAAGUAUUUCUCAUACUCAUGGAACACAGACAUACACCUUCCACAACAAUAUCACGGAAUACAAUACACUUAAAACUUCAAUUUAGUACAAUAAAUUAUACAGAUCUGCGAUACAUUUAUAACUAAAAUGUAGAAAUACCUGAGAAGUUUUUGGAAACUUCUAUAUAUACUAAAUUUGAAAUAUUAUACCAUCUACGAGAAAGGCUGUCAUGUUAAGAUUGUGAAUAACCCGUUAAAAAACAAUUUUUCUGUAUAACUGCGUUUAAAAAAUGGAUUUGAUUUUUGAAAAUCGAAAUUAUAGAGACUAGAAAAAAAUUUCAAUUGAAUUUUUUGUAUUCUUUAUUAAUUGGAACAUGGAAAAACAGUUUCUUUUCAACAAGGAUGACUAUAUGAUCUGACAUGGACAUAUUCUAAUAGACAUAUAUAAUCUGAUAUUGUCAUACAUUUCUAUAUUAGAAAAUAUUUCACCAAAAUAUACAAAAUCAUAUGCAGACAUAUCCGACUGUAUGUAUUAAAACUUGAUUUUUCAUUGAUAUUCUCUGAUAUAGACAUAUAUUGAAAUAUCAGCUCAUACAUGAAUAUGACCAUAUCAGAAGACUUGCUGCCGAGAUAAAAAAAGCUAUUGUAGCCAUAUGUAGCCGGAUAUAGCUGUAAAUACUUAGAUUUCAUUACCUGAUAUAGCCUUAUGUAAUCUGAUACGACCAUAUAUAGAUUGAUAUGUCAAUAAGGAAAUCAAGUUUUAAUACAUGCAGCCAGAUAUGGUCAGAUAUGUCCGCAUAUGAUUAUGUAUAUUCCGGUAAAAUAUUUUCUGAUAUAACAUGUACGAGAAUAUCAGAUUAUACAUAUAAAUUUACAUCACGUCAUAUUAAGCUAUAUCAGACUACAUAUGGGCUUAUCAGAAAAUUUUGUCAUGGGAGUACAAAUCGCCAAAUGUUGAAGGGUGUCUAUGAAACUCCUUACUCGAGGAUUUUCAAAGUUGCAAGAUUCCGUAUCCCAUAUCAGAAAUGGGAAAUUCAAAGUGGCAAACUUUAUACCUAAUCGUAAGUAACACACAAUCAACCCAUAUUAUGAUUAUUGCCGACAGAAAAUUAAGUCAACUAAUUUGUACCCAAUAAAUAGCUUGAAUUUAUAUAAAUAAA